AUGCCUGCCGCGAAAAUCACCGGCCGGCCAAACUUCCUCGUGAUCGUUGCCGACGACCUGGGAUUCUCGGAUGUGGGAUGCUAUGGAGGGGAAAUAAAAACACCGCAUAUCGACAGCAUCGCAAAAGGCGGAAUGCGAUUCACGGACUUCCAUGCUGCGUCUGCAUGCUCGCCGACUCGCUCGAUGCUGCUCAGCGGCACCGAUAACCACAUUGCAGGUAUCGGGGCGAUGAUUGAAAAGAUACAGGAGUUCCAACGUGGCAAGCCCGGCUAUGAAGGGUAUCUGAAUGACAGAGUCGUGGCUCUAUCAGAACUCCUUCAGGAGGGAGGAUAUCACACAAUGAUGUCUGGAAAGUGGCAUUUGGGACUGACCCCUGACCGUUUCCCGUGCACGCGAGGAUUCGAUCGGUCGUAUUCUCUCCUUCCAGGUGCUGCAAAUCACUAUGGCUGGGAACCACAACUGCUGGAUAAGAACGAGGAGCUGCCCCGGUUACUGAAAGGCACGCAGACCUUCUAUGUGGAGGACGAUAAGCGUAUUGAGCCUCACAACCUGGGAGAGGACUUUUACUCCACCACUGCAUUCACCGACAAACUACUUCAAUAUCUCGAUGAUAGAUCGGAUGACCCAGAGCUGAAAGAAAAGCCAUUUUUCGCGUACCUGGCGUACUCAGCACCACACUGGCCCCUCCAGGCACCGGAAACAGUUAUCGAAGAGUAUAAAGGCGUUUACGAUGAGGGCCCAGAGAGUCUUCGGCAGAAGCGUUUGAUGAAUCUUAAGAGGCUCGGUUUGAUCCCCAAGGGUGCAGUCGCCCAUGAUGUGAUCGCCGUGGGAGGCCGUAAGAUGUCGAAAUACUGGAAAGAUCUCAGUUCGGAGGACCGCAGAUUCUCGUCUCGCUGCAUGGAGAUAUACGCCGCCAUGGUCCAAUGCAUGGAUGAGCAGAUCGGUCGUGUUUUGGACCGCCUCCGGGAAUCUGGUGAAAUCGACAACACUUUUAUUCUGUUCAUGUCCGACAACGGUGCCGAGGGCAUGCUGCUGGAAUCUAUUCCCCUGAUCGAAGAAAACAUCUUUGAUCAUAUCGACCGGUACUACGACAAUUCCAUCGAAAAUCUAGGAAAAUACAACUCAUAUGCGUGGUACGGACCGCACUGGGCAUCGGCUGCCACAGCUCCAUCGAGGCUCUACAAGUGUUUCACGAGCGAAGGCGGCAUUCGAGUUCCCUUUAUCCUCAACUUUCCACCACUGACAUAUGGAAAGGCGAGCAUUGAUCACUCCUUUUGUACGGUGAUGGAUAUCGCCCCGACGAUCCUGGACCUCGCAGGCGUCAAACACCCCGGCACCACCUACAAAUCUAGAACUAUAGCCCCCAUGCGCGGCGCCUCCUGGCUGCCGUAUCUUCAAGGCCGGCAUGAUCGCAUCCACUCUGAAGAUCAUGUAACAGGAUGGGAGCUCUUUGGCCGUCAAGCAGUGCGCAAGGGCGACUGGAAGGCCCUGCUCAUUCCCGAACCUUACGGUCCCGGCCGAUGGCAGCUUUAUCGGCUGAGUGAAGAUCCCGGUGAGACCCAUGAUUUGGGCGCAGAUUACCCGCAAAAACUUGCAGAAUUGAUUUCUGAGUGGGACAAUUACGUACUGGAGGUGGGCUUGGUGGGAGACGCAAUUCAAUAUGGCGUCCUAGAAGCCAAAUCAUCUUGA